UUUUUCAUUAUUUAUACUUCAAAAACUCAAAUCAUUUGAAUUCUCAAACCAACCUUCAUGAGUAACCAUGGCCAACGUAUCCUCAAUCUCCUCGCAUCAACCACCACAUUCCGAUCCCUCGACGCAACAAAACGUCUCCACGCACUUACGAUCACAACCCCACCCAUUCCAAACCAAUCCAUUUUCAUCAACAACAACAUAAUCACCUCAUACAUUUCCUACAACAAUUUCAUUCUCGCGCGCAAACUGUUUGACGUAAUGCCUCAACGAACACUCGUCUCCUACAACGCGCUGAUCAAAGCUUAUAGUAGAAGUGGAGAUGUAAAUGAAGCUUGGAGAUUGGUUAAUGAAUUGAUGGUGUGUGGAUUUGGUCCUAAUCAGUAUACGUUAACGGGUUUGCUUUGUUGCGAAGGGUUGAAGCUUUUUCAGGGCUAUCAGUUAUUUGGUUUGAGUGUUAAAAAUGGAGUCUUUGAUGUUGAUGCUUUUGUGGGUAGUGCUUUGUUGGGGUUCUUUGGGAGAUGUGGAUGUUUGGAUGAAGCUUUUUCGGUGUUUGAUGAUAUGAAGUGUAAGAGUUUAGUAACAUGGAAUACUAUGUUGUCUUUGUUGAGUUGUAAUGGUUUUGUUGAGGAUGUUAAGGUUUUGUUUUGUGAGUUAUUGAGGUUGGGGGUGUUUUUGUCUGAAGGUUCUUUUGUGGCGGUUUUGUCGGGAAUUGGUGGGUGUGAAGAGGAUUUGAGUUAUGGUGAACAAGUUCAUUGUUUGAUGACGAAAAGUGGGUUUGAUUGUUAUGUUAAUGCGGUUAAUUCACUUAUAGGUGUUUAUGUUAGGUGUAGAGCUUUGUGUUCGGCGGAGAGAUUGUUUGAGCAGGUUCCUGUUCAGAAUGUUGUGUCUUGGAAUAUGAUCAUUGAUUCAAUGGUGAAAAAUGGGAGGUCUCAAAUGGCAUUGGAGGUCUAUUUGAAUAUGUUGAGGAGGGGAUUGGUGCCAAGUCAGGCCACGUUUGUUGGUGUUAUUGAGUCGUGUAUUGGUUUGAGAAACUUGUCGUGUGGAGAAUGCGUUCAUGCUAAAGUAAUCAGAAGUGGUUUUGAAUCUGAUGUUGUUGUUGGUACUGCAUUGGUGGACUUCUAUGCCAAAUUCGAGAAAUUGAUUUCUGCUCAUUAUUGUUUCGAUCAGAUAGAAGAGAAGAAUGUGGUAUCUUGGAAUGCUUUGAUGUUAGGUUACUCGAAUGUUUGCUCUUCCACGUCAAUUCUGUUAUUACGAGAAAUGUUUCGAUCGGGUUGUUUCCCUAACGAGUUUUCCUUUUCGGCUGUUCUUAAGUCGUCAUCUGUAUUAGAUCUACGUCAGCUCCAUGGUUUGGUUAUAAGAAUGGGGUAUGAGAAUCAUGAAUAUGUAUUAAGCUCGCUUGUUGUGGCUUACGAAAGAAAUGGUCUUAUAAAUGAAGUGCUUUCGUUUGUCCAAGAGUUUAAUAAUCCACUUCAUGUAAUCCCAUCUAAUAUCAUUGCUGGAAUCUAUAACAGAACUGGUCUUUACAAUGAAACAAUGAAGUUACUUUCUUUACAAGAAAGGCCUGAUGUUGUAUCUUGGAACAUUGCCAUUUCAGCUUGUGCUCGGAGCAAUAACUAUAACGAGGUUUUUGAGCUUUUCAAGCGUAUGCAUUCAGCACACGUACACCCAGACAAAUACACAUUUGUGACUGGAUUAUGUGCGUGCACCAAAAUUUGCAGUUUGGAUUUGGGAAGUUCUUUUCAUGGUCUGAUUGUGAAGACUAAUAGUUGUGACACAUUUGUGGGCAAUGUACUAAUUGACAUGUAUGGGAAAUGUGGAAAGAUUGAAAGUUCAGUGAAAGUUUUUGAAGAAAUUACAGACAGAAACGUUAUUACAUGGACAGCUUUAAUUUCUGCCCUCGGGCUGAAUAGUUAUGCUCGUGAUGCAGUAAAGAUAUUCAACAACAUGGUAUUGAUAGGGUUUAAGCCUGACACAUUAGCUCUCAGAGCAGUGCUUUCUUCUUGCCGAUACGGUGGAUUAGUGAGCGAAGGGAUGGAAAUUUUCAAGCAGAUGGGAACCAUUUAUGGGAUUCAACCAGAACAUGAUCAUUACCAUUGCAUAAUAGAUCUCCUUGCUAAAAAUGGACAGAUAAAGGAAGCCGAGGAAGUCAUGGCACGCAUGCCAUUCCCACCAAAUGCCAAUAUAUGGCGCAGCUUCCUUGAAGGCUACAAGAGGCAGGAAAUAUUGCAGUUUGACUUGUACAAUACAUGAACCAGCAAGUUAAGAAAUUUGAUGAAAUUGAAUCAAGCACUCAUACGUUGAUCACGAUCUUGAUAAUGUUGUCAACAUAGUGGUAGUCAGAAUCUCAUUUUUAAUUGAAAAAACGCACAAUUUUGGGAUUUUGCUCGCCCUCAGCAAUUAAGAGUCCUCACAGAAUUGGAUUAUGGUGAAAUCGGUUGGAUAUUACAGCGGUUAACCAUAGAAUCUUAUAAUCUGUGAUUUCUGUGUAGUUAUCAGAAUAGUACUUUUGAAGUAGCUGAUCAACAAUCGAAAGGACAUGCCACCACCACCGGAAAUGAGCAUCUACUGAGGUUUUAACAAGCCUGCUGGUCCUUUAAGAGAAAGCGUAGAAGUGUUGUGUUUGUUUUCACGGUGACACAAUCGUUAUUAUGCAUUCAAGCAGAAGCUUCAGAUAGUAGCUUUAACCCUAUUGCUCGUUCAACAUCUUAUGGCCGCAAAAAAAAACAGGUGCUUACUGCUUAGUUUAUUACUCUAAAGGCUUAGAAGUUAGAACUCAUUGUGAUGCAAAGUCAAUGAAAAUUUGCAUGUGUCAGUAUACAGAUCAAGGGCAGGGGAAAAACAAACAUAUUAUCUGACAGAAACUCAAGAACAUUUAGCAACACUGAAUGCAACAUAUUUGUCAUUUUGUGUAGUGAAAAGCCAAACUUCCUGCUCCGUGAAGACUCCUAGACCACAAGGCGUGCCAAAGCAGUACAAAGAAAAACACGAGCUUGAAGAAGUUGAAUAAUGGACCAAGUUAUUUGGUAGUAAAAGAAUGUCAACAAACAAGUCAAAAUGACGAGAUCUUUGUUCAGUUGGGGUAUUAUUAUAACUACAUUGAUGGGAAAAGAUUGUAAUGGAGGACUUUUGUUCCUCGAUGAAUCUUGCAAGUUGUGUGAAGAAAGGGAAGGCUGAGAGGACAAUACCAGCCAGAUAUUUCAUUUUAGACUUCAUCUUCCCUAAAAUUUCAUUAAAAUGUAGUUGAUUAAGAGAGUUCUGUUUUGUUUUAUUGUAAUAGGUUAAGCUUAUCACACACACACAAAAUGAUUAAAAUUUAUUAGUUCAAAAGUGAUUAAAUAUUUUAAUGUAUUUGUUAAACAAAAAUAAUACUUUUGUUAAUGUUAAUAACAGAAAGCAUAGCGCCAA